GCUGGUCGUCGCGUUCGGACGGAAUUUGUUUCCUUGCGCUCUCGCAUUCCAGUUUACUGUUGGUUCCUGCGUCACAAUGUGUCUCUAAUCGGCGACAUCGAAACCGACCUAUUUAUCCUUCCCUGUCGGGGAAGGAAAACGACGCUACGCAUCAUCAUAAAUCUUAGCGAUAGUUAGUGCUUUUCCGUCGUAACGAGAAGCCUCUGCGAGACUGCCAAAUAUCUGUGAUAAAUUAUAUUGCCAUAAUCGAAGUAGAGAGGAAAAAAUACAAAUACUGCUGUGUGUUUAUCUCAACGCGCGAGAUUUUAGCAGUGUGAUUAAUUCGCGAAUCGGGGUUCGGUUGAGCUAACAAUGUAUAGUGAUAAGCAGCGGCGCAGUGCCUUCUGUGACAGUGGCGGUGGAGAUAAGGAAAAAUAUGUGCCAUACUUCAUCCCGAGACAGCCAUACCGGACUUAUCAAUCAUCGGCUGUGCCGCUCGCCUCAAGUUCACCUUUCGUCAAAAGUUCGCCCCCGCCACAGGAGGAUUCUUUCUAUGCUAACGCUCGGGAGACUGACGUCGGUAUUUGUUUCAGUAUGAGUAACGUGGACUUAAACAGCGACUAUGCGUUGCUUCCUUCCUCUUAUCUGGCUCGCGCAUCAUCAUCAGCGUUUGGUGAAAGCUACAACGACGUCUCACCGUAUCAAAAUCUCCCUGUUCCCUCCCAUAUGCAAGCUAAGUACCACCCAAUACAAACCUCAGUAGGUCGGCCAAUUGAUCCAACUCUUUCGAGUGAUUCUUACCAACGGUUGUCGCGAAAGCCGUCGUCGCAACGUACCUAUUACUUCGCACAUCCUAAGAUCCCGGUACAAAUCUACAGCAAUCGCUCCUACUCGUGCCUUCCGACCUCACCCAGCUCAUCCUCGGCGUCAGCCGCAGUUACCUAUGGGCAGCAGUUGAACAACUAUUACGACGCCUAUCGACCGCCUCGAGUUGUCAGCGAUCAGCCUCGAAACGCCCAGCAGCGAACACUCACGGAAAACCCUUACUACGACCUCUGUCUGGCAAGCUGGCAAUCGUCCAAGCAGAAGCCGCAGAGCCAUGGGGUGGUAAGCCCGACCCCUUCGGAUGGUUUGAUCGAUGUGGAGGUCCUCAGUGAGCAACAUGAAUUGUCGCCGCCAGAAGAUGACGACCCGCCGAAAGAUUUAAGCAUGAGGAAGAGGGAGAAAAGAUGCGUAGAUCUGGAGCAGGAAGGCGCGAAAAAUAAUGUUGAUGUAACUUGCGGUAAUUUUCCGGCGGAAGAACCCUGGUCGAUCGACGGAGCGAUGGAGGUCGACGACGAGUGUAGUCGCCGAACUGCAGCACCCAAGAAGAAAUGGAUACGACACUAUAUGAAGGAUGAACCACUCGUAAACGGACAUUCCACAGCACCAUCGCUCGUUGUGAUAUCGGCCAGUAGCGGUAGCAGUAGUAGUAACAGCAGCAACAGCAUUAUCAUCAACAGUAGCCAUCAGAAGCAUCAUCCCGCCUCUUCCCUCACGAUUGAUCUCUCGACCAAGAGCGGCAGCACCGGUGGACUUCAUCUGCCCAGCACGCCUCCAUCGUCCGUCUGCUCGUCGACAUCAUCCACCUUGACUAUCUCACCGGUGGACGACUCCCAGUCAUCGCUGAAUCUGAGCAGUGGGUCCAGCGGAUAUAUCACCAACCACAGCGCCAACAGUUCCAGUUCGCUGAAUCUUAGCGGCAGUAACAGUGGCUCAUCUCCACUACCCAUUACCAUCAACGGGAGCGUGAUAGCGUCGUCACAUGGAUCCAAUUCUUCCCCUUUGCCACACGAUCUCGUCAUUGUUCAGCAGCAGCAGCAACAGCAGCAACAACAAAACAGCCAUUUGGCACAGAGCGGACAAACUCAUGGGCUCACCAGUACGGCCACCCUUCUCAACCAUAUCCCGACCGGGGGUCGGCGGAGGACUACCAGUUCAACCAGCAAUGGCGUUGGCACGCGGGAAGUGCACAACAAGCUGGAGAAAAAUCGUCGGGCCCACCUGAAGGAGUGCUUCGAGCAGCUCAAGAAGCAGCUCAUUCUCCAACCGGACGAGAAGAAAACCUCCAACCUGUCGAUCCUGCACGCGGCCAUACGCUACAUCCAGUUGUUAAAACGCAAAGAGCGCGAGUACGAACACGAAAUGGAGCGGCUGGCAAAAGAGAAAAUCGCCGCCCAAAAUCGGAUACUGCUGCUCAAACGGGAGCUCUCUCAGUGGGGUGACGUUGAUUUUACGCGGCUCGCCCCCGACACUCCGGACUCUACAAUCCCGGGCAGUAGCAGCAGCAGCAACAACACGAUCAACUGCGUGCAAUCGGAUCGAGAUUUGUUGAACAAUCCGCCGGCCGGAGUUGUCCCUGGUCGCAACGGGAUCCGCUACAGUUCCUCCAGUUCCCUCUCCAGUGUAGCCACAAAUGCCUCGAUAGGCAAUCUUCCGCUGCAAACUACCAUCUCUCCGGUGAUGAUAGCCGCAUCGUCACCAAGCCGUGCUAGCCCACCGUCUUCGGCGAAUCGGAACACCAGCUCGCCAGCAAUCACCGGCAUGCAAAUGCCACUUUCCCUCACAACCAAGGGAUCUUCCGCGAUAGUAACCGAGACGCACAACAGCACGGCAUCGCCGCUCAAAUUGACCACCAGCGCAAACCUCCCGAAUGGACUCAACUUCAGCGUCAGUGGCUGUGGUUUCAAUGGGAUCAGCAAUGGGAGCUCUAAUGGUGGCAGCAACUGCAGCACGCCAAACAGUACCACCAGCGGCUCCACGGCUACCAUCGGGAAUGGUAUCGGUGGCGCCCCAUUACCAUUGAUCGUCAGUGCCAACAAUCUGACCAGCUUGAGUCAAUCGCAGUUGUUCACCCCUGUGACAGCAACCAUUCUGACCACCGGAGGUGGCACUGCAAUCCAGACGUUGCCCCUUAACCUCAACGUGGCUUCUUCCGUUACAAACAAUCACCAUCAUUCAUCGUCGUCGUCCAUCGCUAGCAUCACUAACGGAGUUUCCGCCAACGGGUCGGCGUUGCAAAUCAUCGGAACCACCGCAAACGGGGUCAUCGGUUCAACUGCUGGCAAAGAACUGAUUAACGGUACCACUUUGCCCAAGAAUGGUCUCCGGACCGACAGCAAUAAAAUAGAGAUUAUAGCCACGCAGUCGACCGGUGGCUCCUCGUUGGAUCCGCCUGCAACGAAGGUUAUCAAGUUGGUCAAUGGUAACACCAUCGUCGGAUUGACCUCGGUUGACAAAGACAAAAUGAUGCUGUCGCAGGUUGUUCAGCAGGGUGGACUCAUGGUGAGCCCAAUCCAGUUACUUACCUCCACCCAGGGUCUGCGUGUAAUCCAGCAGGCUCCCAAUGGGCUGGCAACCAUAGAGCUCAGCACACCGGCCAAUGUGCAGCCGCAGGCAAGUCAAGCGCAGCGAAUCACCGGUGGUAACAAUAACAUCAGCAGCAGCAACUUAUCGCAUUUAACCAGCCAAUCCUCCAGCCAGUCCAUACUGUCCGGAUCCCACCAGCACCUGCAAAACCACCAUAGCCACCAACACCAUCACCACCCCCAGCAGGUUACCGGAGCACAGCUUCAUAAGCUUCUGCUCAGCUCGAACACCCAAAAUGGAAUGUCCCUCAAUGGCACCAACGGUAGCUCUAUCGUGUCCAGUAGCACCGGUGGCUACAUCAACGGAAGCACGACAGCCACCGCCGUCGUCAGCACAACCACAAUCACACCCGAGAUGGCUCGACUCCCGGGAGGAGCCGAGUUGAAUAUUCUGCCAGCGGGCACAAAUGGCGCAACCGCGUUACCGCUCUACCGAACCACCGGUCAGCCAGGGAAGCUCGCGUUCGUUAAUGCAAUCCCUGGCAGCAACGGGCUGACGCUGAAGGGUACUGAUUGCGUAACCACUGGAACCGGCCGAACCGCUGUCCACGUAGUAACUCCCAUUCAGACCAACGCAUCGCAGCUAUCGGGUCUAACGCCUGUGGUAGUGUCCCGGUACGAUCACCAGGAUGCCACUACGCUGCCCGGUUUGUUCACUACGGCAUCCGGUCAACCGCAAACGGUCCAGCUGGGAAAGGUGGGUGCACUGGUUUCGAGAAACUGAACAGACCAAGCGCUACGGCCACCGUCUCAAUCCACUUCCACCCACCCACAAUUCGUCACAACCACCACCAGCAUCCAUUUGUGAACAAAGAACAAACUAACAAAACAAACUCUUAACAUACACACACACGCUACCGAUAGUAUAUAUCCAAACGUUUAUGAUCUUAUUUAGAUAUCGAGAGAACAACAAGCAAAGACUAACCUAAAGUGCCCUCUCCGUUUUUCCCGUUGUCUAUCUCGUUCUUUCUGUUGUCUCUUUGUCUCUGUGUGUAUGCGUUGUAUCUCUAAACUCCGGGCUCGCUCGACGUCUCCCGUCUAACCGAUGACCCGAUGCUUACCGUGCUUUUACCGUGCCUAGGAGGUUCCAACGAUCGUCGGACAAUCCAACGGCGAAGGUAGCCAUUAGCGAUGAUGAAGACGAGGAGAGGACAUCUACCAAGGUCGUAGCAGCGAUUGAAACAACGCCAAAUUAGUGCUUUUUCCAGCCAAUAAUAGCAAUACAGCAAUAAAAAAAAAACACAAAACCACAAAACAAAGCAAAGAGCUCAGGUCCGAAUCGGUUUCGUUUUCCAGAAAACCAUCAUAUUUGGUUGAUCGGUAACAGCUAGUGGAGAGUCAAACGACGAGAGAAAAAACGAGACAGCAAUCGGAGAAUAUGUUUCCAGAUCAAAAGGAAAUUAAAAAAAAAAUCAAUUAAAUUAUUGUGGACCUAAAAAAACCUCUGAGGAUAGUUUAGUUUUUCUUACGAUGAGAUGCAAUGUCUUCAGAGCAAAACGAAAUCAACAUCAGAAGUUGAUGCUGUAAAUAAGUACUAUUCUAUAUUAAGUAAUCCCCUGGCAAUGGGAUACCUACCUACCUAGUAUCACGUAGACAACAUGAGAGAAAUGUUGAUCAUCAGCAAAACACAACACACACACACACCUGUAUUUAAUUUAUAUUUUUCGAAGAAAAAAAAAAUAUCUGUAGCUCAAUUUUAUUUUUUAAUUAUUAUUAAACGUAUAAACGAUACAAAUCAAAAACAAGGAACCACAAAGUAGGAUGUUUGUAUAUGUGUAGACCGCAGAAUUAAGAAUACAGAACUAAGUAAAAAAGUAAUCAAAUGAAAAAGGAAAUAUUGAAAAAAAUCAUACACCACAUACACACACAAAAAACACAAGACAAAACAAAUAACAGAUACUAAGAACAGAAACGGAACCCAACAAUAUUUUAUUGUAAAUAUGUAGCGCAAUAAACUACAAACUGUAAUUUAUAUACAUAAAGUGAGAUAGUAAGUUAGAGAGAGAUAGGGAGAGAAGCAAAGUCAAGUCCGUUCUUUUUCUCCAGAAGCCACACGAGUGCGCGCUGUCGCCGCCUCUGCCGCCAUCAUGGAAGCGAAAUGGACGCUGGAAUCUAACAAAAUACAAAAUACAAUGAAAAACAAAAGAAACUUCAAUAACCUAUCUCGUCCGCUUGGCGUUUCUGUGAAGUAACAAAAGUCCUUCCGGGAGGGGGGACCCCACCGGAGAAAUUACAAUGUUGUACAGUAUUUAAUCAAAAUAAAAGAGGAGAAAAAAAACAAGCAAAUGUAAGUAAAACACAACCUAAUGAUAAAAGCUUAUGAUAAAACAAAACUUUGUGGAUCGUCGAAGAAAGGGAGGGAAAGUCUACACACACACACAUAAUAAACAUAAUGUAAAACUCAUUUUUUGUGCAUGGUACAAACUAAUCAAACGAAGUUAGAAGGAGAGAUAACGCGAGAAGCGGGUGUUUUUGUGUGCUUCGAAAGAGUGGCAAACACAGCCCACAAACCCCUCACAAGGGGCGAACUUGAGAGUGCCCCAAAAAGGAAGCAGGAAGGUUAGAGAACAAAACUCAGUAAAAGUUGAGGGGAAACAAAACAAAACAUACAAGUGAGAAAGACUAGGAAUAACUUAUAAAUGGAAAAGCUAUCAGAAAAAAAAUGAUAAAAAAAUAAAACAAAAGUAUUUAUAGUCGUCGUUUUUCA